AUGCAGGCGUGUGAUCGAUGCCAUGGCCGCAAAUCCCGUUGCAACAAGCAGCGCCUGACAUACGAUCAAUGCCAAAAGGCCGAGGCAGGAUGCACCUACACCGAUCGAAGCAAAGACCCACUCUACCGGCGGUCUCAGAUAGAGGCUCUUGAACGGAAAUUACGGCAGACAGAGGCCAGGAACGCGGCUCUGUCAAGUGAACUGGCAAGAGCUAGGACAACGACAGCAGCAAGAGCACUUCCCGCCUCGACACCAGAAAACCCUGCCUCCCCCCAUACCGCGUCCAAGUCGGCAUCGGGCAGCGAUGUCAUCCACGAAGUAUCUUUCCUCGCAUCAGCGGUAGCUGGCGACCGUUAUUACCUUGGAUCCACGAGUGGUGUAUUGUUUGCUAGCCUCGUGAGAGCAAGCGUAGAUGUCACCUCUGAGCCUCAGCCGAAUGGCCCUGGGCUUGUCGGCGGAGUGGGUGAUAGAUCAUCUUCCUCUCAUAAACUCUAUUCUGCCCAGCUUCCAAAGACUGGCGGGGAAUCGCUGCCCCCAGAGUCCCUGGCAAAGAAAUUAAUUGCUAGCUAUCUUGCUCAUGACCAUUUCUACUAUCCUUUCCUUCUUCCCUCCUUCGUUCUCUCUGUCUCUGAGCUUGUUUAUCGGGAACCUUCCUUUUACGAAGACAAUCUGUUUGACGCAUUUGUUUUCGACAUGGUAUUGGCGAUCGCAAACGCCAACGUCUCCAAAUACGAAUGGCAAAUGCUGCCCAGUGCCGAAAGCCAUCAUUCAAGGGCGAUGCUGAGCAGCUCGAUCCAGGACACUUCCGCUAGCAUGUGGCAUCUCGUCGGUAUUGCUGUUCACACUACAUAUGAACUUGGGCUCCACCGCGAAUCUGCAUAUCAGAUCAAACCAGAGACCGUACUAGACGACGCCGACCGGAAAAGGCUGGGCGACCAAGAGAUUUGGCGGAGAUGUUUCUGGUCCGUGUUUGAUCUUGACCGUGUUGUGAGCAUCACACUGGAUCGGCCGGUAGCCAUCAAUUCAGAUGACUGCGACGUUGAAUUCCUGUCACUUGAAAAUGAGCACUUUAUCAAUUCCGGAUUCUUUAACGAAGCCGCAUCCGAUGAGCCGUUCAACAGAACAGCUAUAUUUGUUCAUAUCACCAAGUAUCGUAUAUUGUGUGGCAAGAUCAUGCGGUGCCUUCGUAGCUUGAAAAAGCCAGAACAUAACGAUAGCAACGCGAAGGUUGUGAGAGACGAACUCGCCUUGCCAGACAUGGACUUGUCUCAUGUAAUGUCCAAAGAACGUUCCAGUUUUCGAUCUAAGGAAUGGUAUGAAUUAGUGUACAACAAUGCGGUGCUUAUGCUCUUCCGACCAUCGCCGAUGCUGUCAGAUAUCUCACGCGACCCGACAAGUCUGCAGAAGCUUUUCACUGCUUCGAAACAGGCCGUGAAUCUAUACUCGUAUCUCUAUCGGUCUCGAAAGAUCAACUACUCAUGGAUCACGCUACAUUCUGUUUUCAUGGCUGGCUUGACAUACAUAUACGCGGUCUCGUGUCAUUUUCGUGAGACAAGGCGCUCGCCUCCAUCUGGGGCUGUCCUUCCCGAAGAUCCGUCUACGAUCGAGAUCGUGAACGACACCCGUGCCUGUUCUAACGUUUUAGUUGCCGUUUCUGAAAGAUGGAACGCGUUGCGGCACUGCCAUGAGGUGUUUGAUAGGCUCAGUGAUGCCGUCAUUGAAGACGCUAUCAAGUUUCAGUGUUCACCUCGCGCCUUCUACCAUUUCGUAGCAGCGAGGCCCUCAACCCCAUUACAGCAGCCAAACCAAACUAUGUCUAGUCAAGAUAGAUCCGAAGAGAUAGCCAGGGACUUAGCUAUGCAGUAUUCUACUUGGUGCGGUAAUGGUGGGCUUGCCUGGUCUAUUAACUUAGAUUACUAUUCACCUUCGCCACUGGCUGUGGACUCGGAAUUUCGGAAUAGCUUUGGAGAUCUUCAGCAGCUCUACAGUCAGCCAUUUAGCGGAGACCCAGUGACGCAGUUAUCUCAAGACUGGCUUGGGUAUAUUGAUGCAUUUGACGGCAUGGCACCGUUACCAUCUGGGCCGGAAUUCUCAAAUACAACGAUGCAAUAA